AAGACAAAAGAUCAAUCAACAAGGCCGGCAAUUAAGAAAGGAGCAAAUGAGCCCGAUGCUGAGAGAGUAGCAAAGCAAAGCAGCAGGAAGGGAAUGGCCGGCUGCGGAGGGGAGCUGAAGCUGGUGGGCAUGUGGGCGAGCCCGUUCGUGGUGCGGGUGCAGAUCGCGCUCCGCCUCAAGGGCCUCACCUACCAGUACGUGGAGGAGGACCUGCAGAACAAGAGCGAGCUGCUCCUCAGGUCCAACCCUGUCCACGGCGGCAAGGUGCCGGUGCUCAUCCACAACGGCAAGCCUGUCUGCGAGUCGUCCGUCAUCCUGCGGUACAUCGACGAGGCCUUCUCCGGCGCCGGGCCCUCCUCCCCGCCGACGACCCUUACGGCCAAGCCGUCGCUCUCUCGUGGGCCGCUUUCAUUGACGACACGGUAGGACGGGCGAGAAGAAGGACGAGGAGAGGAAGAAGACGGCCGUGGCCAUGGAAACCUUGGAGGGGGUGUUGAGGGAGUCCAAGGCGAGGUUCUUCAGCAGGAGGGACGGCCCCGGCUACCUGGAGAGAUUUAACCCAACAAACUCCCCCUCCCGACAUCAUGGGGGUCUCACUACCCCUCCCGACAUCAUGGAGGGUCUCACUACCUUCCGGCAGCCAUGCCAGGGAGCCGGCGGCAUACUUCGAGCUUCUUUCUUGUCGCCACUUUAGUCAACAUAUCAGCCCCAUUGUUAUCGGUGUGAACCUUCUCAAGUUGCAUUUGCUUGGAAUACAACACAUCUCGAAUC